GUAUCCCCAGGUGUAUCCAGGUAUCCCCAGGUGUGUCCCAGGUGCCCCCCCCCGACUCCCCGUGUCCCUCCCUCCCCGCAGUUCCUGUCGGUGUGCGCCCCGGCCACGCGGGACCACCCGGAGGUGCUGCCGUUCCUGCGCUCCCGCCACGCGCGGGCGCAGCCGGAAUUCCGCGGCUCCGCCGAGUUCCGCAACAUCCUGGGCCGGCUCCUGCGGCGCCUCCGGAGCCGCCGCAGCAAAACCUUCGUCUACAUCAACGAGCUCUGCACCGUCCUCAAGGCCCGCGCCCUCCGCCGCCGCCUCCCGCUGCUCCCGCUUCCCGCCCUCCCCGACGCCCGGAAUUCCGACGGCGCCGCCUCCUCCCAGUGCCCCUCCGGCUCGUCCCAGUGUCCCGGGGGUUCGUCCCAGUGUCCCGGGGGUUCAUCCCAGUAUCAUGGAGGCUCAUCCCAGUGUCCUGAAGGUUCAUCCCAGUAUCCUGGAGGUUCAUCCCAGUAUCCUGGAGGUUCAUCCCAGUAUCACGGAGGUUCAUCCCAGUAUCCCGGCGGCUCAUCCCAGUGUCCCGGCGCUCCAUCCAACCACUCCGACGGCCCCUCCCAGCAGCCCAACGGCACUUCCCGCUAUCCCGACGGCACUUCCCGCUAUCCCGACGGCACUUCCUCCCGGUAUCCCGACGGCACUUCCUCCCGGUAUCCCAGCGGCAGCACUUCCUCCCGCCGGCCCGGCGAUCCCGACAGCUCUUCCCAUCGCUCCGACGGCUCGUCCCGACGUCCCGGUGGCCCAUCCCAGCAUCCCGAUGGUUCAUCCCAACGUCCCGAUGGUUCUUCCCAACGUCCCGAUGGUUCAUCCCAUCGCCCUGAUGGUUCAUCCCAAUAUCCCGAUGGUUCAUCCCAUUGCCCUGAUGGCUCAUCCCGACGUCCCGAUGGUUCGUCCCGACGUCCCGAUGGCUCAUCCCAGUAUCCCGAUGGUUCUUCUCAUCCUCCUGAUGGUUCAUCCCAACGUCCUGAUGGUUCAUCCCGAUGUCCCGAUGGUUCUUCCCAACGUCCCGAUGGUUCAUCCCGAUAUCCCGAUGGCUCUUCCCAUCGCCCCGACGGCUCUUCCCAACGUCUCGAGGGUUCAUCCCAACAUCCCGACGGUUCAUCCCAACAUCCCGACGGCUCUUCCCGCCAUCCCGACGCCUCCUCCCGCCAUCCCGACGCCUCCUCCCGCCAUCCCGACGCCUCCUCCCGGCGCUCCGGCGGCGGCUCCCGGCGCCAGAUCCGCUACCUGGAGAACCUGCUGCGCGUCUACGCCGGCGAGAUCCGGCGGCUGCAGGAGCGGGAGCUGGACUUCCAGGAGUUGGACAGCGCCGACUCGCCCUACCUGCAGGAGAACCGGCUCAAGCGGCGCAUGAUGCGCAUCUUCCGCCGCCUCUGCCAGCUCAAGGAGUGCAGCUCCCUCACCGGCAGGGUCCUGGAGCAGCGGAUCCGCUUCCGGGGGACGCGCUACCCGGAGGUGAACCGGCGCAUCGAGCGCUUCAUCAACCGCCCCGACGCCUUCCCCGACUACUCCGACAUCCUGCGCGAGAUCCGCGGGGCCAGCGAGCGCCACGGGCUGGGCCUGGCGCGCCGGCACAUGGAGAACAUGGCCCAGGAGGCCUUCCGGGAGGUCGGGAACAGGCUCCAGGAGAGGAGGCACCUGGACCUGGUGUACAACUUCGGGAGUCACCUCACGGAUCAGUACCGGCCCG